GGGCCGGGCCGGCCGGGCAGGGAGUGCGGGUCGGUUCUGUGCGCGCUGCCGGACGAGGCUCCCGCUGCCGAUUGACCCGCGCUCCGCCCGUAGCCGGGCCGGUGAGUGCCCGCGAGCCCGUCCGUGUGCCGUGGGGGCUAAGGAGAGGGACCCCUGAGAGGGAGGGAUAACCGGAAGUGGGGACCAGAGGAGCGAGAGACCCCAGGAAAUGGGGACACCUGGGGAGGGGGUGACAGCCGGAAGUGGGGGCCUCGGAAGGUUGUCCAUGGGAUGUGGGGUCUGGGGGCUCUAGGAGAGAUGGCUUCCUGACCUCUUCUUGUUGAGAGAAAGGGGUGGAAAGGAAAGUGAUGCUCCAGAAAGCGAUGGGCUCCAGGUGGGGGAGAUCUCUGGCUUCACCCUUACCAAUUGGUGUCUGUAUCUCAGUCAUAUGUCCGCCUGUCAGCUCAUUCACCAGCCCGUGACUGAGCCCUGCUGAGCGCUCGGCAUUGCUGAGUCCCUGGAGCGUCAACAUGAAGCUCCAGGUGGAGGGUAGAGAUUAGAAGACCAGGGUGGGGCUAGAUGCAUCCUUGCUCUGCCUCACCGGGUGUGCCCCCUUGGGCGCAUCGCUUAACCUGUAGCCUCCGCUGAUGUGUACAGACCACUGCCAUAUGCCAGGCACUGGGGGUGGCAGUGGACAUGGAAGACAAGCCCUCUGCCCUCGUGGAACUUACAUUCUAGGGGACAGUCCUUUUUGUCUUUUGUAAGAUGGGAACAGUAAUAGCGCUCUCACCAACUACUGUGAAGAUUAAAUGAGGAAAUGGGUAAAGGGCUUAGCAAUGCUUGAUACAUGGUAAAAUGCUCAAGUAUGCAUUCUCUUCAUUCCACUAUGAUGUAAGCUUCAUUAGGCGAGGAAUUACAUUUGCGUCUGUGUUCCCAGUACCUGUGAGCACAGUGCCUGACAUACAUGGGACCCUGGUAGCUAAUGUCAGAAGAAAGUGACUCUCUGAGAACCAGCCCUUCUGUGGCCUCACUCUCUGAAAAUGAGCUGCUGCCACCACCGGAGCCUCCGGGCUACGUGUGCUCACUGACAGAAGAACUGGUCACAAAAGCCCGGGAAGAGCUGCAGGAAAAGCCGGAAUGGAGACUUCGAGAUGUGCAGGCCCUUCGUGACAUGGUGCGGAAGGAGUACCCGAACCUGAGCACUUCCCUUGACGACGCCUUCCUGCUGCGCUUCCUCCGAGCCCGCAAGUUUGAUUACGACCGGGCCCUGCAGCUCCUCAUCAACUACCACAGCUGUAGGAGAAGCUGGCCCGAAGUCUUCAAUAACUUGAAGCCAUCAGCCUUAAAAGAUGUUCUUGCUUCUGGGUUCCUCACCGUGCUGCCCCACACUGACCCCAGGGGCUGCCAUGUCGUCUGCAUCCGCCCAGACAGAUGGAUACCGAGCAACUAUCCAAUUACCGAAAACAUCCGAGCCAUAUACUUGACCUUAGAAAAACUCAUUCAGUCUGAAGAAACCCAGGUGAAUGGAAUUGUAAUUCUUGCAGACUACAAAGGAGUGAGUUUAUCAAAAGCAUCUCACUUUGGCCCUUUUAUAGCCAAAAAGGUGAUUGGCAUCCUCCAGGAUGGUUUCCCCAUUCGGAUAAAAGCAGUCCAUGUUGUGAAUGAACCUCGAAUAUUUAAAGGCAUUUUUGCCAUCAUAAAACCAUUUCUAAAGGAGAAAAUAGCAAACAGAUUCUUCCUCCAUGGGUCUGACUUGAACUCUCUCCACGCAAACCUUCCAAGAAGCAUUCUCCCCAAGGAGUAUGGGGGCACGGCUGGGGAGCUGGACACUGCCACCUGGAACGCGGUGCUGCUAGCUUCAGAAGACGAUUUUGUGAAAGAGUUCUGCCAACCUGUCCCUGCCUGUGACAGCAUCCUGGGCCAGACGCUGCUGCCUGAGGGCCUGGCCUCAGAUGCACAGUGUGACGACUCCUUGCGAGCUGCGAAGUCACAGCUGUACUCCUGCUACUAGCCCGUCCCCCAGGCUCACCAUCUUUAAUUCUUUUCCUUCUUUUCUUUGGAGAGGCACAAGGAGAAUUUAAGGGGCCAAGGAUUCAGUCUUGCUCCUUGUAAUUAAACUGCAGGAUGGAGGAACAGCCUGUGAAAUAUGAGGGUGAGCCCAUUUUGGGGUAAGCCUUUGGUUACUUGAAUUACUCCAUGGAAGACAUGGAAAAUGUCCCCACUGAUUCUUAAACAUUUGGAAUCCCAGUCUGCAACUAUUAAUCUGGAGGCUGUAUCUGUUUUGUUUUGCUUUUUGGUUGGGGGGGUGGUGAUCUGGUUCUUACACAUCUUGGAAGCAAGAAAAAUUAGGACCAGAGUCACUCUGAUCCCACUUUUCCAGGAGAAAAACAACCUGUUUGGCCAGUGAGAACUACUUGUAUGAAAUAACUUGGCCAAACCUGCAGUGUGACCAAACGUGAGACUGGGAGUUUGUUUUUCACAGGAACCCUAAGUACAGACCUCUGCUGCUCAUCAGGAAACUUACUGGAGAUCAAGGCCCCAGCUGCUGUCACUGGAUUUGGAAAGCACCUUAACUGAAUCAUGCAAGCAUCAGGACAUAAGCAGCACUUUGUGGUCAAAUGUGGAAGCCAGAGACUUCAAAGCACCUCUGGGACCCAUUGGUUGAAGCUUGCAAUAGAAACUUAAGUUUUCCCAAAUCCGUAAAGCCUUAGCCCUGGUUCUCAAUAGAAUCAUACAGGGACCUAGCAGGAAAUGAUUUUACUCAACCUAAAAUGCUGGAUUCCAGGCCCGUGUAGCUACAAGAAUUCUGGCCUGGAUCCCAGGUAUGCAACUAUGGACAAGACAUGGGCCUCUGUAGGCCUCAACCUUCUCUUCUAUAAAAUAAGGCUGGAUGAAAUGUCAGCUAGGGCUGUUUUGGCUGCUGAGGCUGUGGGAUUUGGUUUAGUUGCUGAAUGUUAGAUUUUCUGCCUAGGAAGAUAAGUAGAUACAAGUGGUUGGAUCCUGUUUUUGUUUGUGGUACACAUGUCUUUCCAAGAGAGAUGUGUCACUAAUUAGCCCUGCCUUUAAAGAAACUAUUAUAUGUAUUCCUGGGACUCACUGACACCAAUUUUCUUUUUAUAGUGAUGGUUAAAUUUAGAAAAUAUGGCUUUUGUGAGGCCAGAAAAGGUGACCAGGAUCUUGUAUGAUGAAUUCCUUCCAUCCCUGAGACUCUGGUACUAUAUUGUAAACCUAGCUACAGUGGUUAAUUAGCUGAGAUUCUUAAAUUUUGGUCUCUGGGCCGGGUAUGGUGGCUCACGCCUGUAAUCCCAGUACUUUGGGAGGCCAAGGUGGGCGGAUCACAAGGUCAGGAGUUCGAGACCAGCCUGGCCAAGAUGGUGAAGCCCUAUCUGUACUAAAAAUACAAAAAUUAGCUGGGCGUGGUAACUGGUGCCUGUAGUCCCAGCUACUGGAGAGGCUGAGGCAGAAGAAUCACCUGAACCCAGGAGGCAGAAGUGGCAGUGAGCCAAGAUUGCGCCACUGCACUCCAGCCUAGGUGACAGAGCAAGACUCCGCCUCAAAAAAAACCAAAAAAUUUUGGUCUCUGGAAAUGAACACAAGUGCAGAUUAUUGCUGGGUCACUUCUGGGCCCCCCCGCCCUCCCAGCCCCACUUGAGUUUCUCUCUUUGGUGUGGGUGAACCAGUCAGCCUGAAUGUUCUGCAUUUCAGCACUUUAGAACCUCCCUGCCAAGAUUUUAGUCUUAGCCCAAACAUCAAAUUAGAUGGUUCACAUGAUGGCUUUUGACCUAUUUUUCCUUUCUAAUGUAUUUCACAUGAUCAUGGUGUUAAAUAGUGAAAAGUACUGUGUGUUGUGUGUGCACCUUCUCCAUGCAUCUGUUAGACUAACCAGUCAAGGCGGACAGCUCAGUUAGGGAGAAAACAAUACUCUGAAAUUUGAAGGCCAGUCUGUUGUUACUUAGCUGUUCAUCUCUACCACCUUUUUAAAUGUCUGGAGAAGUU